CCGCCUCCUCCCCUUGGGAAAGGGUGCGCGCGCACGGCGGGGAGGCCUGGCGGCUAUGACGUCACGAUGGAAGAACUGGAACAUGGUCUGCUGAUCCAGCCGUGGGCAUGGCUGCAACUUUCGGAAGACUCGCUUCUAGCCAAGGCCUACAUCAACACACACAAGGGCUAUGCCCUUCUUCUUUCUGACCUCCAACAUGUGUGGCAUGAGCAAGUCGACACAAGUGUGGUCAGCCAACGGGCCAAGGAACUGAAUAAACGACUGACUGCGACUCCUUCUGCCUUCCUCUCCCACUUGAGAGACCUCAUGUGCACCUUAUUGGAAGAUCCGCCUGAUCCCAGAGGGGCCACUUUCUCUUGUGAGCGUAUGGCAGAGCGAAUGUCACUGCGUGUGCGGAGUGAGCUCUCUGGUCUACCCUUUCACUGGAACUUCCAAUGUACCUUGGCUAGCCCUUUUCUGGUUUUCCAGCAUCUCAUACGUCCUCUGAUGGGCAUGAGUCUGGUACUGCAGUGCCAGGUGAGAGAGCUAACUUCUUUGCUUCGGCUGAAGGAUGCAGAAAUCCAAGACUACCAAGAGAAUGGAGCUGUACUGAGCCGAGAUCGAUUGAAGACAGAGCUAUUUGAUGAGAAUGCUGUCCUGGAGCAAGUCGUGACAGAGAAUCUGCCAGAGGCAUGCAGUAUUGAGAAUGGAAGAUCCUUUGCUAUGAAGCUACAGAAUCUCUACGUGACAAUAACUAAACAAGGAUUCCAGGCAGAACGAAAACGACAAGGUUCUGGUGAGCAGUUUGGGGGAGACUCCCAGGCCUCGGACAGGACUUCUUCCAAUGAAACUGAUGGUAUACUACUGAGCCAGCCAGAGCAGCAGUCCUUCUCUGCCCCAUCCCUGUCUGUGCUUGAGACUUUAAAUAUGGAGACUUCAGUUCCAAUGCAGAGACCCCAUCUGUCCAAAGUCAAGAGGAAGAAACCAAAGGGCCUGUUCAACUGAACUGAGCUCACGUCCUGGUGCUUCAGCGGCUGAGGAAGACUUUGGGGUGCAGAUUCUAUCAGCAUUGCCUUGAAAGGAUCUUCUGGGGUGAAAGCUCAGACCUCAGGCAAAGUCAGGCAAGGCUGGAGCCUUAGAUUGGGGUCUGGCUGUAAGGCUUGUGUUAGGCCAUGUAGUGGACACUUUGUCCUUCAGUUUGAGUAUACUCAUGAUUGUACUAGGUUUCCUGACCUGAAGAGGAGCUUGAAACUGGGGAAAUAUUGAACCCCAUUCUUCCACGGCAUCUUCCUCUAUAUAUUUGUGGUGGAUUUACUAGAAACACAACAACAAAAAUAAAAACUUCCAAAACUCCUGUGCCAUCUUAA